CCGCGCGCGCGGGGUGUGUGAGGACGCGCUCCCGGCCGCCGCCGAGAGCCUGUGCGGAGCAGCAGUUGCUGUGGUACCUGCCGCUGACCGGGCUGACGCGGAGCAUCGGUGGCCGGAAGGUGAAGCCAUGACGUCUGUCAGUGAAAAUAUCCUCUUUGGUAUGGGAAAUCCUCUUCUUGACAUCUCUGCGAUAGUGGACAAAGACUUCCUUGAUAAGUAUUCUUUGAAACCAAAUGACCAAAUCUUGGCUGAAGACAAACACAAGGAACUGUUUGACGAACUUGUAAAAAAAUUCCAAGUUGAGUAUCAUGCUGGUGGCUCUACCCAGAAUUCAAUUAAAGUGGCUCAGUGGAUGAUUCAGCAGCCACACAAAGCAGCAACCUUUUUUGGAUGCAUUGGGAUAGAUAAAUUUGGGGAGAUCCUGAAGAGUAAAGCUGCUGAAGCCCAUGUGGAUGCUCAUUACUAUGAGCAGAAUGAGCAGCCGACAGGAACUUGUGCUGCCUGUAUCACUGGUGACAACAGGUCGCUUAUAGCUAAUCUUGCUGCUGCCAAUUGUUACAAAAAGGAAAAACAUCUUGACCUGGAAAAAAACUGGAUGUUGGUAGAAAAAGCAAGAGUUUACUAUAUAGCUGGUUUUUUCCUUACAGUUUCCCCGGAGUCUGUAUUAAAAGUGGCUCACCAUGCUUCUGACAACAACAGGAUUUUCACUUUGAAUCUCUCUGCACCAUUUAUAUGCCAAUUCUACAAGGAAUCCUUAAUGAAAGUUAUGCCCUACGUUGACAUACUUUUUGGAAAUGAGAUGGAAGCUGACGCUUUUGCUAGAGAGCAAGGCUUUGAGACUAAAGACAUUAAGGAGAUAGCCAGGAAGACACAAGUUCUUCCUAAGGUGAACUUGAAGAGACAGCGAAUUGUGAUCUUCACCCAAGGGAGUGGUGACACCAUAAUGGCUACAGAAAAUGAAGUCACUGCUUUUCCUGUCCUGGAUCAGGACCAGAAAGAAAUUAUUGACACCAUUGGAGCUGGAGAUGCAUUUGUUGGAGGUUUUCUUUCUCAACUGGUCUCUGACAAGCCUCUGACUGAAUGCAUCCGGGCUGGCCACUAUGCAGCAAGUGUCAUAAUUAGGCAAACGGGUUGCACUUUUCCUGAGAAGCCAGAUUUCCACUGAUGGAAGAGCACAAAACCCAGGCCUGGGAGAACAAUGUCCUGGUUGCCUCCUGAGAAUUUCCACAUUAAUGAAGAAAAAAAUGUUUUCUGCCAUCUUUUCCUACUAUAAUCUGGUCAGUCUUAAUUUAGAGGGUACGGUAAUGCUCUUAGAAUCUUUAGCCUUUCUGCAACCUGAAAUGUUGAUUUCCAAUGUCUUCUAGUGCCUCUUCAAUGUCAAUUAAACAGAAAUAUAACAUUUCAAUAGAAUUUU